CGCGACUCUGGAUGCGGCUUUCUUAAUCAUCAUUGGAGUUGAGCCCAACGACAUGAAGACCUCAAACUAGCGUUGCUUUUUUUUUUUCUCUCUCUCUACAACUGGAGCCCAUCAAGGCACCAGUACCGUAACCGACGUUAUCAGAUGUUUCCAUCAUAACUCUUUUGUUUCGACCGAUUCAGGACAUCUGGGGUGCAAGAGAGUGAGCAAAAGAAAUACAAAUAUCACCUGGGUUGGCGACAGCUAUAGCGGGUAGCUUUUCGCCUUUGUGACCGAGGCUAGAUAUGGCUACUCCAAAUCAUGGUCGAGGGGUUGACCUGCAGCGUCUCACUAGGGAAGGCAAGCGGCCUAUUGCAGAUGAGUUGGAGAAUGGAACUGCAAAGAGGCAACGCGUGGCUCCAGACUCGGAUCAGGAAGAUGCGGAACCAGAGUCAAAGCUGGACGAAUCGGCAGUAGGCCUCAUCGCACAGGGCUCCGGCCGUAGAGGCCCUUCGGUGUCUUCUGCUGCUGCUGCGGUCGAUCAAGGAUCCGAGGCGGAAACGUCCAGCGUCGAACCAGAUGCCCCUACGGUAAUCAGUGAUGGAACAGAAUCAAGCGAAGACGAAGAUGAUUCUUUGGUCGAGGUUAUGGACAAAACGGGAGCGUCAACUUCGCUUCCGUCUAAUGCUGUUGCCUCUACUGCUGUCGCUGAACCCGAGCCCGAGCCCGAGCCCGAGUCGGUCUUGUGGAAUCCCGAUCCCGACCAAGACGCUCCUCCGCGCUGGCACACGCCCAUAAUACACUACAGCGACGUUAGCAAGAUUUACAGCCUCAAACUGGCCAACCCGGAAAGAUCAUACAGGCUCUGGCGAGAUGUAAAUGGGGCCAUGGACAGCACUUACGGCGCUCUGUUACCGGAAGGAUACGAACUGUGGCCCAAACCUUCUCACCCGUGGAUAUGUCCGGUUCGCGAUUGUAGAAGGCUCUGUCCAAGUCGGCAGGCGCUCGGCGGUCAUUUCAUUAGACACCGCAAGUCUUUGUUGAAUGACAACAGGGACGGAACAUUUACGGUCGUGGGUACAUAUUCAGAACAGUUACUAGGCGAGAAAGGUUUGCCAGCUGUGGUCAUCACACAACAACCUGGUAACACGGCGCCAAUGGAAGUCCCCAGUGAGCUCCCGAAUUUGGGGCCUGGAAACGGUGCGAUUACUACUAUUUCGACACUACCAUCAGAAUCGCUGCUGCCACCCAGGACGCCUACGAUUAUUGAAACCAAUAACGGAGUCCCCGUCUAUAGGAGACGAGAAGACCCCAAUGCUGGCAUCACUCAUCCUCAAUACCCUAACAGGAUUAUUUCACCUAACCCAUAUUUAUUGGGGCUCAUACCACUGCGUACCGACUCUCCCCAAGUGCGAUCAAAAGGGAAGACGCCAAAUAUGGAACUGGAUGCAAACGGCGACUUUGUAACGCCCAUACCGGGUGAUUCCGACCGUAUGUGGGAGUAUAUAAAGGAUUUUAUGCGUCAGACGCCGCUGCCACCCUCAACUGGGCACGUCCCCGAUGUCAUUGGGCUGCCCAGGCUACGUGACAUACGGUGGAACGAGACGUGGAAGAAUGGCUACUUUGAGAGCCUUCCCAGAGAUGUCACCGCUUUAAUAAUGUACCUUACUGGUGAAUAUCCGCCCGUCUCUUGUACAAGAUGCAAGGCUUCCAAAGGUCCCUUCGAUGGUUGCAUUGUCAUGUCGCGCGAGGUGCAAAAUUCAGCUAUUGUCAGCUGCUCCAACUGCUGGUACCACGGCUAUCAAACUCAAUGCAAUUUGAAGGGUUAUCUGAGGAACAGGCCAUGGAUGAUUAAGUAUAGGGGUUCGGAGGCUGCCAGCACUGCUGCUUCACCAUCUGCCGCUCUGCUAGCCACCGCGAACGCGCCAGCACAGAUACCAAGAGCGGCUCAGACGCCAUUACCAACAUAUGUAUCAGGAGCAUCCGGUAGCACAUCGGGGCAAUCACAGUCGCUGCAAGCCUCAACGAGAAGAACCAACCCUACACCGGCGGCGCAGCAACCUACUCCGCAGGCUACACACACCGGGCAGUACGCAAUAUCGAAUAACAAAUCAACAAGUUCUACACCAGCCAUUCCAGAACAACAUAGGAUGACCACUCGCUCCGCAUCAUCUGCAGUCACCACUACCUUGGCUAAUCGCGCUCCUAGCAACAUACAGACACAAACACCAGCGGAAGCUCUCGAGAUGGAGGGUUGGGAGGUGGGCCCUGGCCGGAUAAGGUCUCAACAAGACGAUGGUGAAAGCAUCGCAUUUUCGAAUGCCUACCUCUUUGGCACCAACGGCUCGUCGGUCGCCGUGGCCGACGGCAUCUCGUUUCACGUCGACGUCAUACGUCCCGGGACCAGACGCACCUUUGAGGGUGACAGCGCGACGACGCGAAUCUGCUCCCUGGCGAGCGGUAAGCUCAAGGUCAGGAUGCAGGGAGAAGGCGAGCUGACUUUGGGCCCGAACGGCAUGUUCAAGAUUCGGCCGGGUGUUGCGUGCACCGUUGAGAAUAGGGUCUACCUCGAUUGUAUAUUACACGUCUCUUCGGUCGUCACCGAGGACAUUCAGGAUAUUGAUGGAUAGAGGAUGAAUCGACCGUUUCUAGUGAAUAAAG